AUAUAUAAUGUACUCUGUGCAAACUACCCAAGACUAAUUUAUUUAUCAGUUUACUGUUUAUCUAUGAUAAUUUGUGAUUCGUGAAUAUGUAACAUGUAAUGAAAAUUUUCUUUCUCCACUAAUUUUAUAAGAAAAAUAAAGUAGAGGUAUCAGUGAAAUAAAACGUAUCCAUGCUUUUGUAUGGCUUGGUAAGAGUGUAAAUAAUAAAAAUGGAGGCCGCGGGUCGACAAGAAAGUGAUUACAGUCAGGUAAUUGAGACUCUUAUUGAAUGAAACCUUUGGAGAAGUGGUAAGCGAAGAUGUGGUACACGCAGUUGUCGAAAAUUGUGGUGGUAAUUUGAAUGAAUCUGCCAACGCAAUUAUGAGUUUGACACAUGAUAGCAUGUCUUAUCAAGAUACACAAAACAUAAUAGCAAUAUUAGCAAAUUUGAAUAUGGAUGGUAAUAGUAUGAAGGAUAUGGGAGAAAUUUCGGAAAAGAAAUGUUAUAAUGAAACUAUAAAUAAAUAUGAGGUUGCUGAUAAACAGAACAGAAUUAAGAAAACAUCAAAUUUAACGACUGAAGCUGAUGUUCAACCUUCAAUAAGUUAUGCCAGAGCAUCACACGGUGAGGCUCUACAAACAGAAAAACGUAAACAAAUAAUGCCUGCCCCAAAUGCCGGUUUCAAUAUUUGGACCAAUCAAUUAAGGGAAAUCUUAUCACAUCAUAAUAAAGGUUCACGAUUAUUGAUUAUUAUGAGAGGUGCUCCUGGGAGCGGUAAAUCGUUUUUAGCAAAACAAAUUAUAGAAAUGACUGUUGGAGCUACUUUCUGUGAUUACACGAAACAUAUUCUUAGCACUGACGACUACUUUAUGGUAAGAGGUGUUUACCAAUUCGAAAAAUCAAAGCUUUCAUAUGCUCAUAUAUGGAAUCAGUCUAGAGCAAAGAUAGCGAUGAUGCGGGGUAUAAGUCCCGUUAUUAUUGACAAUACUAACAUUAAAGUGUGGGAAAUGGAGCCGUAUGUAAGAAAUGCAGUUAGAAAUGGAUAUUUGAUAGAAGUUGUAGAACCAAACACUCCAUGGGCAAAGAAAGCAAAUCAAUUGUCACGGAAGAAUAUUCAUGCAGUUCCUUUCCACUCAAUUAAAAGAAUGCUUGAUAAUUUUCAAAAUGGUGUUACAGGUGAAUAUUUGAGAAAUUAUUAUAGAUUGUCUUAUCCCGAAAAUAUGGUUCCUCCCGUUUUAAGAAAUUUUCCUCCAAUGCCAGUAGAAAUACCUGUUCGAACAACUGUUGCUAACAGUAAUCACAAUCCAGUAACAGAAUGCAGUAAUGAGUUAAUAACACUAGAAAGCUUACCUGUUCAAACUCAAGAUGUAAAAAGUAAUGUGUCUUCACGUAUAGAAUCUGAGGAAUUAAGUCAAGACAAUACAAAUCAAUCAAUUAACUCACAAAUUGUACAAAAUGAAAAUGAGGACAAUGGAAACUCAUUGCCGAUUCAUUAUGCAUAGUAUAUAGAAGAAAAGUUAGAAGAAUAUGCUAAAGUCGAAAAUGAAUGGGAAAACGGUGAAAACUGGGAAGAGGAAACAGAGAAAACUCAAAAUAAUACCAAAAUUGAUGAUUUAAAGAAACUGAAUGAAAUUUCGAAACCUAAAAGAAAGCCUAAAGACUCCGUAGAGUCAAAAUCCAUACAAAACUCGCUACCCGAAUGUCAGGAUUGGACAAAAAUCUCUAUGUUUAUGCCACCUUGGGAAAGUGAAGUUGUAAAAUCAAAUGUUGUCAACCCUGAAAUUUCAGUUGAAAAAGUUUGUAGCAGCACUUGUAUGGAAAUUGGCGAUACAGAUAUUAACAAUUCAAGCAAACCUCAUAAAAUUAUAAUGGCAAUACCCAGAGACAUAAAUUUGUAUUACUUGCCACUUGAGAAAGUGAAAAUCCCAGAUAAAGUGAUGUUAGAUAAAAGUAGUAUGACAAAUGACCGGGCAAUAAUAGAAGGUUAUAGAUGUCAAAAUGAAGAGAAGCAUUUUAAAGCUUUUAGAAAAUUAUUUAAAAAUAUUAGUAGAUGCGAUUUAAGAGAUAUAUUUGAUCGCUGUUGUGGAGAUGUAAAUUGGGCGGUCGAUAUUGUACUUGAUGGUGUUGCAAAUAAACAGUUACUAAUUCAAGAUGAAGAAGAUUCUUCAGAUAUUGAGGAAGAAAUUUCUGGACAGUGUGAAUGUGUGGCAGCAUAUAAUGUAAUACCAGAUGUCAUAUCAGCAUCUAGUACUAAAGAAGAUCAUACCUCAGAAGGUGUAGUAGAUAAUGUAACAUCUACACCUAGGAAAGUAAAAAAAGAAGUAGUCUUCACUGAAAGUUCUAUUCAGUUAAAACGUCAAAUAGAGAAAAAUGUGGUUAUUGCUGAUAAUCAUUAUUCAGAACAUUGCUUAAAGAUUAGAAAAUUACGCCGUGGAGAAUCCUCCCAAGCAGAAGUCAACAUUUGCGAAAAUGUAGAAAGUUCAGAUAAUACUCAGAAUUUCGAGAAAGUCUUCCCUAGUACUUCUAAAGACAUAAGUGAAGAUAAUUAUUUGGACACGGAAACCACUGAAAACGAUAAUUUGAACACUGAUAGUGAUGAUGAUGAUGAAACUGGUUUUGAUUAUAUGGAGAAAACUGUUAAUAUUGAAUUAGGCAGUCAUUUCGUAACUCAACUUGACGAAUUCUUUGGUAGGCGAGACAUGGUAUAUCCUGAAAAUAUUAUACCAACAAUAAAUAUUCCUCUAUCCCUCCUAAAUGAAAUUAAUGCUCUUUCGAUGGAAUCUUUGAUGGACCAAUUGGAUAAGGCUACUAAACAGACGCAGUUAAUGGUACUUCAAGAUGAGGAAUUUGCAAGACAAUUAGCGCUUAAAGAGGAAGAAUUGGCUUUAGCAGGAAAAGAACCAGAAGUGCCUGAUUUUAAGGAGAUAAUGGAUCUAGAUUUUGCACUUUCUUUGUAUAAAAAGGAUGUUGAAGAGUGGCGAAAUAAUGAGCCUAAUGAUUUGGCUGCAAAACUUACACGGGAAAAAUUAUACAAUUUAUUCCCUGAUAUUUCUCCAAAUAUUUUGUCCGAGCUUCUUAUGGCCUAUGAUAAUAAUUUCCAGGCAACUGUAGAGGCGCUCUUAAUGUCGACAGGCCAAACAUCAGUCCUGGAAACGGAAAAUGGUAUUAAUAAAUUUGUCAUGAAGAAAGAAAUGGAACGUCAAGAGAAAUUACUUGACGAACAGAGAAAAGCCCUUUCUGAAGUUGAAUGGCCAUUUUUACCGCGUGUGUGUAAAGUAGACAUGUCCAUAGUCGAAAAACUCCGCGAUGAAGCUGACAAGCAUCUCGCUAGAAGAAACCUGAGUUAUCAAAAAGCCCAGGAAUAUAUUCAUCGCGGGAUGACUGAGGCAGCAGCCUACUAUUCGGAGUUCGCUGCUCUACACAAGCAGAAAUAUGAACAGGCCAAUAGCUUAGCUGCCGCUUCUCUUAUACAGCUUUAGCGAAAGGAAUCCUGGCCUGCUUGCAGCUAGAGUGAGUGCUGAUGAUAAAUUAACUCACCAAAUCGGCUAGUAUCAAAAUCACCCCAGUAGGGGGAGCUACCACGUGCAGUGGUUGCCAAAUGGACAUUAUUAUUACACUUAUGGGUACUACUACAGCUACUGUCAAUACAUACCAAAUUGUUACGUACCAAAUUGUUACGUACCAAAUUGUUACGUACCAAAUUGUUACGUACCAAAUUGUUACGUGCAUUAUUUUUAUUAUUAUCAUUAUUUGUAUUGGCCCCGCUAAAGGCCAUAUGAUGAUGAGAUACUUGCUAUUAUGUAGAGUAUUGAAUAAAAUUUAAAAGAUAAUGAAAGUUGUAAAAAUGAUGUCAAUUUAAUGGUUACACAGCAGUGAUGUGAGUAACAGACUUACACUUACACUGUCAUAGCUCCUAAACUAUCUAACUCAGAGUUAAGAUUUAAAUGUGCAUUUAUAGCAAAUAUCCUGUAUUAUAAUAAAAACAAGUAAAAAAAAUUGGUUAACAUGAUGGUUUUUUUUUUAAAGCUAAGAAUCUGAAAAACAACAUCAAUUUGUUGUCUAAUUUAUUUUUUCAAAAAUGUUUUUUAUUAAUACUGAAAAAUUAAAAAAUAAUAUUUUGAAUCUAGAUUUAUUGUCUACACUAUUAACUAACAUUUGAGACCAAUUUUGUUUUUGAAAGUCUUCUACUUGGGUAGAUAUUGUUAAAUUAAUACAAGCAUCUAUGCUUCGCCAACAAUUUUUUUUAAAGUGCUGCCAUUUUUUUUAUUGAUGGCGAAAAAAAAUCAUUGAUCCCUGAUUUGUCGAUAAAAUUAAUUGUAUUUUAACCCCUUAAAGUAUCGGACAUCGGAAACCGGACACAUUGUAUAUUUAUUAAGACAUUUUACGUUUUUUAAAAAUUGGCACAAGAAAAAAAAAUUAAAUUAAAAAGCGAGGUGAUAUUUUGGCGAAUUUAUGCGUGGACGCGCACCAUUUUGUAGCUUGUUUUUUUUUUACUAGGAAUGGUUAAUGAGACUUGGUCUAUGGAAUAUAUUGUAGGGAUUAUUUGUGAGACUGACAAUAAAAGCGUUUUGCAAACUAUAAAGAGAAAGAUAUUUACAUGUACAUGCGUCAUAUAAAUUUUAUAAACAUAAAAUCUUAGGUUUUCCAUGCAACCUUUGUAGAAAUAUUUUGUGUUGAGUACUAUAUAUAGUUAUAUUUUUAAUUACUGUUUCAUACUUCACAUCAUGUUACCUGUUGACGAUUUCUUUUAGAAUAUGGAAUGAAUAGGUUAUUGCCGGGAUUUUUUAUUUUACUGGUAUUUUUUGCUCAAUGUGUAUUUUUAGUGUUUAAUACUACAGUGAUUUAAGUAAAAUAACAGAUUAUGUAAAUUUGACAUAUUUGGUAGAUUAUUUUAACUUUUCUAAAAUUACUUUCGUUUUCAGUAAUGAUUAACCAUUUAGAAGAUUCCAAUAAGCACCACCAGAUUUUUAUUACCUCCUAUCUAUUGUUUAAAUUUCGUAGGUGUUGUUUAAAUUUUAGAUCAUAAGUGUUUUAUCCGUGAUGUUAACAGGGUUUCAUUUGUUUUAAACAUAUAUCAUAGCGUUAUAGUACGUAUUUCAUUGUUUCUUUAAUUUUGUUUGAGAUUAAUUAUGAACAAUUCAUGUUUUUUAUGUUUAAGAUAAAUGUUUCCCAUAAAUAUGUUUGUAUUACAACAGCUGUAUAACAGCGCACAAAACCAAAAUAUUCUUACAUAAUUUUGCAAAUAAAAUGUUGUUUUACACAUAUUUAAAUUAUGAUAUAAAUUAAAUAAUAAUUAAUUUUAGU